AUGUCAUCUCGUCCAGCAGCACCGACGAUCCCUUCGUUGAAGCAGUCUUUCAUCACCAGCCAAACAACACUUCUCUCUCAGCCUAUCGCUCCAUCCCCCUCAUGGCAAGAAACCAACGACGCGUCAGAUGAAGCUAUCCCGGAGCGCGUCGUUCAAGAAGUCUUAUAUAAUCUCAACCACACCAUCCAGCAGCACUGUCGUCGCGUGUACCCUCCGCAAGCUAGUCGUAGUAUCGCUGAGCAGAUCAAUGAUGUUUACACUAAGGACGCUGAGCGCAAGGUGGGGGGUGCAGCUGAUACUGAGGGCGGUAUCGGCAGAGAGCUUGACUUGACCGAAGAUAAGUCUAUAGAAGCAUUGCCCACUUCAUGGCACCUAGAAAAAGACAUCAACGACCAUCCCAUGGAAACUAAGCGCUACGCAGACGCCGUCCAGCGACUCACUGAACUCAACGACCAGCGCAAGCAACUUCGGGACAAAGUUGCGCGCUUAAAGCGCCUUCAGACUAUCGUUGAGCCACUUCAAACAGAUGAAAAUGGAGCCGGUAUUCAAGAAAACUUACUCACUCGGAAUGGACCCGUUGAGAAGGAGCUCGAGAGAAUGAGAAUCUUGUUGGCGAGAGUUGGUGGCCGUGUGCUUUCGCUGCCUGAGGAAGCUCCGAAUGGUGAGGCGAAGGAAGUCAGCUUGACUGAGAUGGGUGCACAAAGACGGAAGAGACGUGUUGAUCAGUUUCUUGCUGAUGAUAAAGUGUUUCCGUCAUGA